AUGAGCGACAUCAGACAUGAAGUUGGAAAUCACCAGCAACCCACAUCGGCGACAAUCGCCAACCCAAAGACAUUUUCCACCACUCGUUUCCACCACUCGUUCUUUGAAAGCAAAAUACAACGCAUCCAUUCGUUCCUGAUUCUUGCACUCUUUUUCAUCGUUUUCGCUGCAGCUGAGAAUGUAGAAUACAAGUGUUCAACAAAGGUAACAUUUGACGGAGAUAAAAUGCGAAAGAAGUUGACGCAGAUUACUGGCUAUUACCAAGCUACUUUAGUUAAAUGUCGACAUCGCGGGCCUUGCAUCAGAAAAAACCUUCUUAAACUGAUAUGGCAUAUUGUAAAACACAAAAGGGCAGAAAAUGUACCAGAACCCGAAGGUACUUAUGAUUUAAGUGUACGAAUGAAGCCUUUGGAGGAUGAGAGGAACAAAAUUCCCGGAGGACAAGGCAACAUAUAUCAAAUUGUAGCCAGGUGCAGCAAAGGCAGUACUUGUGUGAUAGCACACGUGACCGAAAAGCCUCGGGGAAAGAAGGCUCAAGAAAUCAUUUGUUCAAGAGUUUAA